AUGGGGAUGAAACGUAGCCAAUCUGCAGACGUAUUUGGGCGAGGGAAUGUACAGUUCGUACUGCAAGGCGAUUCGGUAUGAUGAGGUGGAUAAGAAGAGCGAGGAUGGCGAUGAUCGGCAGUCCAUCGAUUCGGGGUCGGAGAGCGAAAACUCGGCGAUUUGGGAGAACGAACGACACUUCGUCGACUUCGCCGAUUGCGAUUU